GUUACGGCCUCUGCGCGUGCGGGUCACAGCCAAUGGGCGCCAGCCCGCGGUGGGCGGGGCGCCGUUCAAACGGGCGGCGGCGGCGGUGGUGUCGGUGUCUGUGGCGGCCGUGUCUAAAUAGGGCUGAGCAAGAACUGGAACAAGAUGACAUCCGUGCUCCAAAAUGUAAAGGCAACGAUGGCCUGGCGAAAACACCAGCUCCUAGCUGACUUUGAUGAGAAUGACAGCCCUGUACCUGACAAAUUCAAGAGAAGGGCGUCCUUCACUUCUCUCAAUUCCAUCUGCAUGUCUUUACGGAAGCGAGUACCAUUAAAGCAGGUACAGCUGAAUUUUCCUAAGACCUCUACUUGGAAAAGUCCGAGAGCAAGACAGAAGUGCCAAUCUCUUCAGAAUAUUAAAAGAACAGCAAAAAAUGCUUUUGGAACAGUGUCCCAGAAAAUACAGAAGUCUUGCCGAAGUCCAGUAGACUCAAUGGUGACCUUUCCAGUUGAAUCUAUCAGCAGAAGUUGUUCUACCAAGAAAAGAAGCACUACACCUCGAAGCCCUUGCCAUAAGAAGAGUGUUAUUCCAGCAGCCAAUUCCAAAGGCAGCACAAGAUCCAAUAAAAGAGCCUUGCUUGGGCCAGCACGGGUGUCAGAACAUAGAGAACGGAGGGGGGUUUCGUCCUGGUUUGGUAAAGAUGCUGUCUCUCUCCGGAGAUCAAGAAGAGCAGCAGCACUGAAGAGUCCUUAUUCAUCACCUGCGUCUGACAGCAGAAAGAUAGAGCUUGACUGCGAGUUGGAGCUGAUCUCCUCAGGGAUUUGCCAGUUGCAGCGUAUCUCCCAGGCAUUUGAUGAUGCCAUUGUGCAGGAGGAGAGGCAACGUGCAGUAUCAACCUACUACAGUCUAAUGGCACAAAGUUCGCAUCGACCUCAAAGACUUUCUCAUGCUAUCAGAAGGCAAACAAAGAAACACCAUGCCACACUUGGUAUCUACAGAUGUAACUACUGUUAGUUUAUGAGCACAUUCAAAGGAGAGCUCUGUAUAGGACUUGAAAGGGUGCAUUCUAUGCACUGAACAAGCCAUUACAUUUUAUAAUCUUUCCUGACAAGGCAGGUCAGGAUUUCCAUUGGUUUCUCUUUCCAAGUGAACAGGAGAAUCAGAAUUGUACAACCAUGUACUUCUCCUGCUGAGAUGAGAUACCAUCUUGAAUGUGACUUUCAUAAGGCAGUAAAUACUUUCAAACUUACUUUGAACUGACCAGUAGGAACGGCCAGAGCAAGAGCCACAAACUAAUGAAGGGUGACCACAGGUAAUAGUAGUAGACUGGUAUCCAACUGCCAUGAGUUACAGUUUUUAAUACUUUGCAUACUGAAAGUAUUGGUCUGUUAUUUUGAAAGCCUAACAUUUUUUUCUGUAUAUGAACAAACCAAAACCAAAAUGAAACAAUAGUGGCUUGAGCUGUGACCACAACUCCCACUCCAAGGCAACAGGUUUCUGUGGAGUCACUCACUCCUCAGGAGAGGAGCCACAUUAGGACUCUUAAUUCAUGGCUUUAAGGAUUGUUAUUAGAUAAACCUAACUAAUCCCAUUUUACGUGGUUGGGUUCCAGACAAAGCAGAGCAACUUUCUUGCUGCUGUUUUAGAUAGCAUCAAAACAGUUAACCAUUGCUUUUGUACUAUACCAUCUGUCUUAGUUAUAUUUAGAGAUCAAUUACUAUAAUUAAUGUAACCUCUUACAACAGCUGUUAUUGGCUAAUAUCAGAGUGCAUGUAUUUUAUGUGAUGAAGUCUACUAAGCAUUUGAUACCUGUAUUUUGCUUCUAAUAGCUUUUUUUUUAAAGUAACAUUCACUGGACAAGCCUUUUUUCAUAGGUGAUUCAGUUUAAUAAAGUUUAGUCUUUCAAACAAAAGCAAAGAUUUCUCAAGCUUCUAAAAUUCCUCCCCAGGGCUGUUUCCCAUGGUAGCAGCUUUAGUUUCUCAGAUUACAUUCACUCUUUAGAUGAACCUUAAAAAAAAAGAUUGAUUUUGGAAACUACUCUAUUUGAUACUAUUUGAGUUGCACAGUUUUAACGGGAACUACUAAAAGUGUAUUAAGUAUAAACAUUGGAAGCAGUCGUUUUCAAUUCUGAGUUAUGAGUAAGUAUUGAUUUUAAAUUUGCUCCUGAUUUUUCUUCUUUAUUGUCAAACUAGUGUACUUCAAAAUAUUGAAAGAAUAUUUCAAUUAAAGAAGCACAGAACCAACUCCAACUUUCAGGUUUUCAGGUGACUGAAAGCUUUAGUUUCUGGUAUUUCUUGAGGUAAUUUUCAUGCAUGUGUUUUGUGUUGUGUUGUUUUUACACCCCUUUUUAUAUGGAAUAGUAGCAUGAAGUUGUUAUUUGCAUAUACUGAAAGUACUACAUAGCCUUCACAGAGAUGGUGUCUCAUUACUGAAAUAUUUUCUCAUGUGACUUCAUAAAGCUCCAACCCUUGUUCCUCUUGGAAUGUCAAGCUCCAAUCUAACUAUUAUUUCAGAUAGGCAGAUGUAUUAAAUUGCCUCUAUUUAUAAUGUUUCCCUUGGCUACUAGGACAUGUAAAAUGAUGAUACAAUACUUCUCACAUCACUGGUAAGAAAAAUCAGUGACACUGCUUAAAGACAAGGAAGGUUUUAUUUAAGUGACUAAUCUGUUAUAAGAUUUUAAAAACCAGCUCACAUCAAAAUCUUUACCAGUUGUAGAAAUCUUACUCCUUAUUCCAUGUUAAGAAAUUCAUUACUGUACAUUUUUGAAUCUUUACAAGGCAGCCGUAAGAAAUAUAGACACUUGUCACCAGAUAGAACCUUUUCACUGACAAACAAUAUUUAAAAGUAUGCACCUAAUAAAACUAUAUAGACUGAAAGAA